AUGGUAUUUUCAAUCAUCAGACAAGAAGCGGCCCCUCCUCCACCCCCACCCAUCGUCAUCAACAAGUAUUCAGACGAGCAGCUCAGAACCAUAGUCAAGUCAAUGAGAGAGAGACUGCAGCUCUUCAAGGAGAAAGUGGAGGAUCAGUAUGCUACGUCCCCUGAGAUCAGCCCUCCUGUCACACCUGUGUUAACCAAAGACAACUACACAAAAGUCAUAGAGGAGAGGAAAAGGCAAGCAGAGGAGGAGCGGAUAAAGAAGGAAGAAGCUGAGAAGAAGAAGAAAGAGGAGCAGGAGAAGAAAAAGCAGGAGGCCGAGCAGAAGAAGAAGGAGGAGGAGGAUAAAAAGAAAGCAGAGGCUAAAGUUGAGAAAAAGGAGGAGGAGAAAAAGGAGGAGAAGAGCACGAAGUCCAAGUUAACUGAAGCUACCUGGUUUUGGGUGGACGUUGUGCUGAUGCCAAUUGAGGGCCUGAUGGACUCAGUGCUGGGGAACACCAUCGACCCUUUUACAGACCGUCGCUACAUCGCCUGGCUGAGCUUGGUGACUCUGGCCUUCAACUACAAUACCUGGUUCAUUACGGCCCGUCUGUGUUUCCCGUACCACACUGAAAGCGCCAUCCCUUACUGGGUCGCCCUGGAUAUGGUGGCCGACCUCAUCUACCUCACAGACUCCAUCCUCUUCCAGGCCCGCAAACAGUUUGUCAAAGCAGGAGACAUCAUAAAAGACAGAGUGGUGACAAGGAAGUACUACAGAGAUUCGGAGAGAUUCAUGAUAGACAUGAUGUGCCUCAUGCCAUUCGACUUGCUGUACUUCCAGUUUGGAUUCAAAUCCAUUUUCAGAGCCAAUCGUCUGCUGAAGGCAGGUACAUUUUUUGAGUUCAGCGAUCGCCUAGAGAGCAUCAUGGCCAAGGCUUACAUCUGGAGAGUGAUUCGGACUAUUGGAUAUCUUCUCUUCAUGCUCCACCUCAAUGCCUGCUUCUACUAUGUAGCUUCAGAGUACCAGGGCAUCGGGUCAACUAAAUGGGUCUACUCCGGGCUGGGCAGCGCUUACCUUAGCUGCUUCUUCUAUGCGGAGAAGUCCCUGCUGAUGAUCGCUGAGUUGCCACUUCCAGACACCAUGUUCGGACAGAUCUUUCAGAUGACAAACUACCUUUUUGGGGCAUUCUUUAUGUCCAUCAUUCUUGGCCAGAUGAGAGACGUCAUCGGUGCAGCCACAGCAGGACAGACCUACUUCCGAGCCUCCAUGGACGGCACCGUGGAUUACAUGGUGAACAACCACAUCCCCCCUUUGGUGCAGAGCCGGGUCCGCACCUGGUUCACCUACACCUGGGACGCUCAGGGCAUGCUGGAUGAGUCCGAGCUGCUGGAUAAGAUGCCUCUGGUGAUGAGAACUGCCAUCGCUGUUGACAUCAACCUAUCCACCUUUCAGAAGAUUGAUCUUUUCAAGGGCUGCGACCAGCAGAUGUUGGUGGACAUGUUACUGAGGCUCAAGUCCAUCAUCUAUUUACCUGGAGACUUUGUUGUCAAGAAAGGGGACAUCGGUAAAGAGAUGUACAUCAUUAAAAGUGGAGCGGUGCAGGUGGUGGGAGGACCUGACAACAGCAUUGUGUUUGUCACACUGAAGGCUGGCUGUGUAUUUGGAGAAAUCAGUCUGUUGCAGUCAUCCAAAGAUGGAGGGAACAGGCGGACAGCUAAUGUCAAAGCCUACGGCUUUGCUAAUCUUUUCGUCCUGGAGAAGAAAGACCUGUUUGACAUCCUGGUCCACUAUCCAGAGUCUCAGAAAGUGUUGGCCAGGAAGGGAAGGAAACUCAUGAAGGCGAAGGGUCCAGCAGCAGCUAAUGCAGAAGUGGAAAAGAAGAAAGGACUGGUGCUGUUCAGACCCAGACCGCCCACACCCAAACUGCUGCGUGCUUUUGGUGGAAACACUAACUUCUUGGAAAAAAUGAGGAGUGCUGCUGCCGGUGGCAAGUGAUGAUUGUAGUGAGCUUCUUUUUUUAUAACUUCUUUUUGGAAGUGAAUGUACAGUUUUGUUUUCAACCUCUUUUUGUAAUGAGUGUGUAUGUCCUGUCAUUUUAAGAUAUUGUUAAAAAACUGUUAUUUCCCAGAGUCCAAAUUUUGGUUUGACAUGCUUAGACCACUCAAAAAAAAAAAAAA